UGCGUUGCGCAGUCUCCCUGGCAGCAGCUGAGGCCGUUUUGUCGAAGAUGGCGGAUUCGCUGUCGACAGGUCUGGUAGAGGAGAAGGAAACAGAGAAGGAGGACAGGGAGAGAGCCACCAAGGCCGUUAACGCGGACCAGAAUAAAAAGGAAGACGGAGUUACUGACACGCGGGGGUUUCAUGAUAAAAAUGGCGGCACUAGAGGCCAAAAAGGCAACCUGUCAGAUCUGUCUCUGGUCAGAUUCAUAACCACUGAGCUAACCAGAGGCUACUUUCUGGAACACAACGAGGCCAAAUACACGGAGCGCAGAGAGAGGGUCUACACCUGCCUCCGCAUCCCCAAGGAGCUGGAGAAGCUGAUGACUUUUGGCUUCUUCCUCUGUCUGGAUACAUUUCUGUACGUGUUCACCCUGCUGCCGCUCCGAGUGAUUCUGGCCCUUUUACGACUCUUGACUGUGCCAUGCUGCGGCCUCGGCGGCUCCCGUUUGCUGCAGCCUGCCCAGGUGUGCGACGUCCUGAAGGGCUUCAUCAUGGUGCUGUGCUACUCCAUGAUGAGCUAUGUGGAUUACUCCAUGAUGUACCAUCUGAUCCGGGGACAGUCCGUCAUCAAACUCUACAUCAUCUACAACAUGUUGGAGGUUGCCGAUCGCCUCUUCUCGUCGUUUGGCCAAGACAUCCUGGAUGCUCUGUACUGGACCGCCAACGAGCCCAAGGAGAAGAAGAGAGCACACAUAGGAGUGAUUCCUCACUUCCUCAUGGCUGUGCUCUAUGUCUUCCUUCAUGCCAUUCUCAUCAUGGUUCAGGCUACUACACUGAAUGUAGCCUUCAACUCCCAUAACAAGUCUCUGCUCACCAUAAUGAUGUCAAACAAUUUUGUGGAAAUCAAAGGAAGCGUGUUUAAGAAGUUUGAAAAGAACAACCUGUUCCAGAUGUCCAACAGCGACAUAAAGGAGAGGUUCACCAACUACAUCCUCCUGCUCAUUGUCUGUCUGAGAAACAUGGAGCAGUUUUCAUGGAAUCCCGACCACUUCUGGGUCCUGUUCCCAGACGUAGUCAUGGUGAUCACAUCAGAGGUGGCGGUGGACGUUGUCAAGCACGCCUUCAUCACCAAAUUUAAUGACAUCAGUGCUGACGUGUACGGAGAAUACAGAGCCAGCCUCGCCUUCGACCUCGUCAGCAGCCGACAGAAAAAUGCUUACACCGACUACAGCGACUCUGUAUCCAGAAGGAUGGGCUUCAUUCCACUUCCUUUAGCUCUGCUGCUGAUCAGAGUGGUGACGAGCUCAGUGAAGAUCCAGGGCUCGCUCUCCUUCAUGUGUGUGCUGCUGUUUUAUUUGGGGAUGAUCACGCUGAAGGUGCUCAACAGCAUCGUUCUCCUUGGAACAUCCUGCAUGUUUGUCAAAGGCGCCAAGAUGGAGGAAAAGCUGUUUGACCCGCCGCCGUCUGUCGCCUCCAGCCGUGCUAACUCCAGAGCCAACCGCAGCAAAAACACUCACACCGCAGCGCCGCAAGAGCCCACGUCAGACAGAGCAGGAGUAUCGCUGACACCGGGCGUUUCUCCACCCACAGAGAAACCAGAGGGCACCUCCUCCGCCAUCCCAAAGAGCGACUCGGACACAUUCCUGACGACGCCAGACGAGGACGACGACAACAAAAUUCUAAACAAUGAGAUGGGACUGGAAGGAGAUGGACUGAAACACAGAACGCCCAAAAAAGACUUGCUGGAGAUAGACCGAUUCACCAUCUGUGGGAACCGGAUAGACUGACCGUCGAAGGGAACCCCAGCCCGUGUCCAGGGAUCUGACGAGGGUCACGGAGCGCGCUCAGACCCGACUCGCACUUAUGCACCUGACUCUCUGAGUAUUUAUUUAUUUAUUGCUGGCAAAAACCAGCCAAGGCAUCAAGCUGUUACAUCAGACGUUUCCAGAUGGGUGCUGCAAGAUCACCAGGAAACAACCAAACAGAGAAUAAAACCACUGAAAGGAAAUCCAGUGUGGAUUGUUGGAGCAUUGCAGCUGGACUGUGAGGUUGUGUGUGUUUGAAAAGCACAAUUAUUCCCUGAACAAAAAGUGUUUUUUUUGUUUUGUUUUUUUAAUAGAACAAAAGUUGUCAGAUGUCGACUUUCUAUUUAAAAGAAAAUCUGACAAGUUUAUCUCUUUAAAGUAUGUUUUUUUUUAAUUGAAAAUGUUGGAUGUUUUUUCUAAAUUUGAAACCUUCAGCUGCACAUAAAGGCAUUCUGCUGACACUGGCGCCAACACGUUCAGAAGGAGUGACGGAAACAAGCAUCCGGGAUCAUCGGCUUCAUUUUUCUGGGGAGUUUUAGUGUGAAAUCGUCUGCGUGGGUCUUCUCUUUCUUUUAAUAUCACUUGGAGGACUGUGUGAAGGCGUGUGAAGAUGCAGGUGAUUUUUUUUAUUUAUAUUCUAAGGGGAGAUUUCAGUUUCCAAGUCUUGUAACUAUGGCAGCGACAUCGUCGUUGAGCAUGUUGGAAAUGUUGAUCUCAUCCUUAAACUCGCGACUGAAAGUCCUGCUAAAAGAAAUUAAUAACUUUCGUUUGGGAGGGUUUCAGCUGUUCAAAGCAGCGUGAAGUUCAUUGUCUGCUGUUGCUCGCCGGCUCUGAUUUUUGAAGACGUGUCUUGUUAAUCAGCUGUUUGUGAACCAGUUGACCCAAAUUGCUUUGAAAUCUGCUGUUAAUCAGUUGAUUACGUGAAGUCGCCAAAGGCCUUUCUGUUUCCUCUCAUUUACCGCCAUCAGUUCCUAUGUUCAGCAAACAGAAGGACACACAGCUUUGAAAUCUGACCGUUUUAAUACCAGACAUUAAAACAGGUCUUCCUUAUUAGUUUUCUUUAACUCACACUGUAUUGCUAAACCAUGUAUAGCCUUUAACUCUUUUACAUUUGCCAUGUCAGACUUGGAUUUUCAGGGGGAUUUUAUGCAGUAGACAAACAUAAUUGUGAAGUAACAGGGACAAAAAAUGGAAAAAAAUUAUAUAUUUCAAAGAAAUGUUUUUUUCUAACAGCAGAACUGAGAAGUGAGAUUGAUGAGAGGUAGGAAUAAUCUGAGUUAAUCCAAGUCAACACAGACCAGCGGAAAUCUGAGGAGAAACUUUCCAAACAUUAAAACAAGUGUGACAGGUUGUGUAUGAUUAGUGGACCAGAGGGUGACAGACAAGUGAUUAAUUUCAAUAGAUUAUACAUCUGAUAGGAUAUUCAAUUUUUUUUGCAUUAAUUUAUUUUUGUUGCUUAAAACAUCUAUUUUUCUGCCAAAAUAACUUUUGGCAAAAAACCCCCCAAAACAACAACAUUAUUUCAGGAAGAUGAUGAUCUAGAAUAUUCACUGAAUUCUGAUCCAGAACCGCACAGCAUUCUGGGAGAUGUAGGGAGAGGAAAAGCUUUAGCUGCUCAACCUGUCAGUGAGCUAAGCAAGGCUGGUGGUGUCAACUAACUCACUCACUCUUUGGUUACCUAGCAACAGCCUGCUGAUUAACUUGCACAGCAGCAGUUUCAGAUUUCUUCAUUGUAGUUAAAAAUAAAAAAACAACAGCGUGGAGGAAAAUCUAGAUAAAUCAGGAAAGGUCACACCAGCAGCUUGGCAGUUUAUCAGACAUAAUAAAAAAAAUUUCCAUCAAUAAUUAUUGAUAUUGACAAUUGUUGAUAUUGGCUGAUAAAAAACAUGUAUGUUGUGAAAGGGUUUUUAGGCAUGUUGUGCAGCUCUAGUUUACAGGCCUUGUUUCUCCGUGUGUGAAUCUGACAUGUUGAGGUUUAAGUCUUUUUAUCUUUUAUGAUGAAAGGAAAAUAAGUUUGUUUUGCAGCCAUUUCUGGUGUGAUGUGAGUGAAAGCAGGGGAGGACUCACUGCAGUGAAAGGACUCACUGCAGUGAAAGGACUCACUGCGCUCUCUGUUAACAGUGGAAACACAGCAGCCCACUGUCUGCCUGCACAGACUCUGAAGGCUCUCUGUCAUCACAUACUUACACUCACACUGGCUUUUUCUUCCCUUCUUCCUUUCAGUUUCACAAGACAUCAGAAACUUGGCUUAUCAUUAGCGAGUUGACCGUCAUAUUUCACAGUGACAUCCAACUGGUGAAGCUACAGGUCCAGUUUUCUUUGUGGGAAGAAAUAAGCAUCAAGUUUCCCCCAGAACUAAAUAAGCCCAGACAGGUAAAAUGUCUGGGUUUCCCCUUACUGUUUCUCACAAGCUUGUGUUUCUUACGCAGACAGCAGCUCUGUAAGGAAAGGUAAUAGUUCUGGUUGCAGUAUUUUAUUUUUUUCCCAAAUUUAUCCAAGCCCUAUUUUGCAGAGACGUGGUGGUUCAGAUACAUGUAUCAUAUUGUGCAGAUGUUUUGAGCCUCCCCUUGAUUUUAUAUUUGGCCGCGAGCAGGCUAACUGUUUUUUGUAACAAUCUGCUCUGAUGGUGAAGAGUUUUUGCACAGUACUGUGAGUGCUCUGCCAUACUUAAUAAAAAAAUAAAAAAUAAUUUGUGCAAGUCUUUACUUGACCUCA